AUGCGCUAUAUCGCCGAAAACACGACCAUCCCGAUUCCCCAUGUUCACGGAACUCAAGAUCAUGAUGGUGGCGUUAAGUCUAUCUUAAUGGACUAUAUCGAAGGCCGGACGCUGCAAGAUGCCUGGUCCAGCAUGAAUCCAACACAAAAGAUGUCUGUUGCGCAGGAACUGCAUGGUUAUAUACAGCAACUGCGAGGCCUGAAGCAUGCACAGCUGGAGUGUUUCAGUCAUAAAAGUAUAUAUACACGAUGCCCAAUCGACCUGGACGAGUACCUAUUUUCGAGACUGACGACCUCAGUCCCGGAUCUCUUGGUGGAUUAUACGGCCACUAGACGGCCGGAGGAGCACAUGGUCUUCACGCACGGUGAUCUGGCACCGAGAAACAUCCUGGUUGAUGACCAUGGCCACGUCACUGCAGUAUUGGAUUGGGAGCUUGUAGGCUGGCAUCCUGAAUGGUGUGAAACUGUUAGAGCGUAUACCUUUUGCAAUGAUAUCCCCGGCUGGACUCCCUAUUUAUCAGCUAUCUUCCCACCGGAUCAUGCAACAGAGUAUAUGGCUGUGGCAUUUGCUAGAAAUAUGACACGGUGA